AUGAAAUUUAUUAAAUUUUUGAAUUAUGAUUAUAAUCGUUUUAGUAAGAAAAAAUUUGGAGGAUUUUUAAGAAGAAAAGUCCAUUUAUUCAGUACAAAUAAUAGCCAAUUUAACAAUGAAAAACUGUAUAACUUCGGUUUUCAAAAAGUAAGUGAAGAAAUAAAAUCAAAACUUAUUCACAAUUUAUUUAGCAACGUAUCAAAUAAAUAUGAUAUUAUGAAUGAUUUGAUGAGCUUACUUUUACAUCGAUCUUGGAAAAAUGAGUUAGUAAAAGAAUUAGAUAUUUUUUUAAAAUAUUAUAGUUAUAAUAUACAUGAAAUAUGUAAGAAUAAUAAAACUUUUUUAAAUGAAGAAAUACUAACAGAAGAAAACUCAGUAAAUGACAAUGUAGAUUAUAAUAAUAUUAAAAAUGAAGAAAAAGAAAUACAUGAGAACAAAAAUGAUACUGAAUCAUUAAGUAAAAAAAAAAGAUUACAUAACUUUUAUAAAUGUAAAAUAUUAGAUUUAGCUGGUGGAACAGGAGAUAUAGCUUUUCGAAUAUUAGAAAAAUCCAAGCAUUAUUUAAAACAAAAUAAUGAAAAAUUUUCUGAUAAUUUUUAUCAAAAGUAUAUGCCAGAUAUAAUUGUAUGCGAUGCAAAUAGUGAUAUGAUUAAUGUAGGAAUAAAAAAAGCAAAAGACUUAAAUUAUUAUAAUAAUAUAACUUGGUUAAUUGAAAAUGCAGAAAACUUAAAAUCUAUUGAAGAUAAUUCAAUAGAUAUUAUUACUUUAUCAUUUGGUAUUAGAAAUUUUACUAAUAUUCCAAUUGCUUUAAAGGAAAUUCAUCGUGUUUUAAAACCAGGUGGACGAUUUUUGUGUUUAGAAUUCAGUAAAGUAAAUUGCGAUAUUACAAAUAUUUUUUAUAAAUUUUAUUUAAAUAAUUGUAUUCCAUUACUAGGUAAGUUAGUUGCUAAUGAUAAAGAUUCUUAUAAAUAUUUAGCAGAAAGUAUUCAAACCUUUUUAACUCCUGAUGAAUUAUCUCAAUUAAUUUAUGAAAACAAUUUUAAAAAUAUUUCUUAUACUACUAUGACAAUGGGGAUUGUUGCUAUACAUUCAGCAUAUAAAUUAAAUUAA